GAGCUGAGAAGCCAUGGCCUACCACAGCUUCCUGGUGGAGCCCAUCAGCUGCCACGCCUGGAACAAGGACCGCACGCAGAUCGCCAUCUGCCCCAACAACCAUGAGGUGCACAUCUAUGAGAAGAGUGGAGCCAAGUGGGUCAAGGUGCACGAGCUCAAGGAGCACAAUGGGCAAGUGACAGGCAUUGACUGGGCCCCUGAGAGUAACCGCAUCGUGACCUGCGGCACAGACCGCAAUGCGUAUGUGUGGACACUGAAGGGCCGCACAUGGAAGCCCACACUCGUCAUCCUGCGGAUCAACCGGGCUGCUCGCUGUGUGCGCUGGGCCCCCAACGAGAACAAGUUCGCUGUGGGCAGUGGCUCCCGUGUCAUCUCCAUCUGCUAUUUCGAGCAGGAAAAUGACUGGUGGGUAUGCAAGCACAUCAAGAAGCCCAUUCGCUCCACUGUCCUCAGCCUGGACUGGCACCCCAACAACGUGCUCCUGGCCGCAGGCUCCUGUGACUUCAAGUGCCGGAUCUUCUCAGCCUACAUAAAGGAAGUGGAGGAGCGACCAGCACCCACCCCAUGGGGUUCCAAGAUGCCCUUUGGGGAGCUGAUGUUUGAGUCUAGCAGUAGCUGCGGCUGGGUGCACGGUGUCUGUUUUUCAGCCAGUGGCAGCCGCGUGGCCUGGGUCAGCCACGACAGCACAGUGUGUCUGGCCGAUGCUGACAAGAAGAUGGCAGUCGCGACUCUGGCCUCUGAAACGCUGCCACUGCUGGCCGUGACCUUCAUCACAGAAAACAGUCUGGUGGCUGCGGGCCACGACUGCUUCCCGGUGCUUUUUACCUACGACGGUGCUGCAGGGACUCUGAGCUUCGGUGGGCGGCUGGACGUGCCCAAGCAAAGCUCACAGCGCGGCUUGACAGCCCGCGAGCGCUUCCAGAAUCUCGACAAGAAGGCGAGCUCCGAGGUCGGCGUGGCUGGCGGGGCGGGUCUAGACUCGCUGCAUAAGAACAGCGUCAGCCAGAUCUCAGUGCUCAGUGGGGGCAAAGCCAAAUGCUCACAGUUCUGCACUACUGGCAUGGACGGUGGCAUGAGCAUCUGGGAUGUGAAGAGCUUGGAAUCAGCCUUGAAGGACCUCAAGAUCAAAUGACUUGUGAGGAGAAUGUUGGCCUCAUCCCAGCUGCUGGGGGAGGGGCUAAGGAAGCUAAGCCUGGCGUUGCUGAAUGUUUCUAGGGUACCAGUUCGGGUCCCCACAGGGGAGGUGGAGGGGAGGGGAUAGGAAGCUUUCUUACCUAUUUGAAGGAACACGUGCCUUUUUCUUAAACAAAUACUUUCAUUUAUUGUAAAAAAAAUUCCCCAAAGCACUCUGCUGGUCAUGAACUGCUUCAAAACGUGGACGUAAUAAAAAUACAAUUGUAGACAUGCUCA